AUGCCGCCCAUUCCGUCGCAGCCCCUCCCGCGGGUUAUCACCUACUACCAGACACAUCACACCCCCGACGGCAAGCCCAUAUCGAUCCUCCCGCUCCUUACCCAGCCCGGCAUCAGCGUCACACACGUCAUCCUCGCGGCGAUACACAUUAACGAUGAUUGCGACGACCUCACGCUGAACGACCACGCCCCCGACGACCCGCGGUUCCUUACGCUAUGGGCCGAGCUGCGCGUGUUGCAGGCCAGCGGCAUUAAGGUGCUGGGUAUGCUCGGCGGCGCUGCCCGGGGGUCGUACGAGAGGCUCGACGGCGAUGAAGCCAAAUUCGAGGAAUACUACGUGCCGCUGCGCGACAUGCUCCGCACGCACGGCCUGGACGGUAUCGAUCUGGACGUCGAGGAGGCCAUGAGCCUGGGCGGCGUCAUCCGCCUGAUCGACCGCAUACGGCAGGACUUUGGCAAGGACUUCGUCAUCACCCUGGCACCCGUCGCCGCGGCGCUGCUGAACCCGGACAGCAACCUGAGCGGCUUCGAUUACGAGGCGCUUGAGGUGAUGCGCGGGAGGGAGAUUGCCUGGUACAACGCCCAGUUCUACUGCGGCUGGGGCGACUGCAGCAGCCCGGUCAUGUACGAGAUGAUACUGGCAAAGGGCUGGUCGCCCGAGAAGGUCGUCAUGGGGCUGGUGACGAAUCCCGAGAACGGCGGCGGAUGGGUCGCGUGGGAGAUGCUCGGUGCUGUGCUCCUCACGCUCCGAGGUCGCUAUGCGCGGUUCGGAGGGGUUAUGGGCUGGGAGUACUUCAACAGCUUGCCCUCUGGACGAGAGAAGCCCUGGGAAUGGGCCAAGUGGAUGACCAAGAUGCUGCGCGCAGACCACACGCAUCACUCACCAGGGCCAGUGCAGGGGACGGCGCCCGUGGAUACCAGCAAUCCUGUCGCGAAGGAAGUCAAGAAGCAUCUGGUCGACGAGGUCGAUCCGGAUGGUCCGAACAGCAAAGACGCACCGCUUCCAGCAUCUUUCGACUACUACUCCGAUACCAACUGGGACGACGAUGAUUGA